AUGAAACCACUCCAAGCCCUAAUCGCCGUCGUAUCGCUCACCAGCGGUGCGCUGGCCCAAUCAGGCCCCUUCAAAGCCACCUUCACGCAGUACGGCUCUGGCGACCAGAACGGCUCGCCCAACUGCGCCACGACCGUCAACGCCUGCGGCAACCCGGAGGUCUACGCCGGCAAGUACACGGCGGCCAUCAGCCAGAAGCAGUUCGGCGUCGGACCCGGCCAGGGCGCCGGACCGGCCUGCGGCACCUGCUACGAGCUGACCAUCGAGACGGAUCUGAACGGCAACCCGGUCCCGCAGAGGACUAUCAACGUCACGAUCAACAACCUCUGCCCCAUCGAUGGGAACCCGAUCUGUAAUGUCCCGAACCAGUACGGUGGACAGGCGAACUUUGAUCUCUGUAUCGACUCUGGUGCCGCGGCGGCGUUCUUUACCACCUCUGGAGCGGGUAUUGGUACGGCACAGCAGAUUUCGUGCUAG